AUGGAUGGCGAUGGGAGUGUACUUAGCUCGGAGGUUGCCGCAAGUCUUCUGAGUUUGGAAGUAACAGAAAAUUUCACAACCGAUAGAGAAAACGCGAUUGCUCGGUCAGCGUCGCAAGUUAGAAGAGUGAAUCGAGUUUGCGUUGUGGGAGUGGCUAGGAGUAAUACAGAAGUUAGAGAUUUGUUAAAGAAUCAUUUCGGUGUCGAACUGUUAGAAAGCGAAGAUGGCUAUGAGUUCACAAAAGAUGCUGAUAUUACUUUCUUAUGCAGUGAAUUCAUUGAUUGCCGUUGGUUCAAAUAUCUUAAUUCUUGUCAGAAACCAAUUAUUGGCCCAGCGAUUAUCCGAAAACGUGCCGUAGAUGGCAAACCUUUAUUGGUACCUCGCCCAAACCGCCCACUUUAUACAGACAGUAUGUCCGGUGUGCGAAUUGCUUUGUCGGGACUUCCCACCAAAAAUUGUCGGGAAGCUGUCGAUCUCGUACAUUUCAUGGGUGGUAGCGCUCAACGAGUAUUUUCUGCUUCUACCACCCACUUAAUUACUGAUGCUGCUAAAGGCAAAACAUAUAGGAUGGCAGUGUCAAUUGGAUGUCGUGUAAUGCAUUUAGAAUGGUUGCGAGCUGCAUGGGCUGCGAGAGAUUCUAUUCAGAUCAACGUCACUACCAUUAAUUUUUUAAAUCAAUACAUGGUUGAACCAUUUUGUGGAUUGUCAUUAUGGUUUAUUGCCUACGACGAAAAAGAUCUAACUGAAAUGAAAGAGAAAACCGUUGAAAAUAAAGGGAAAGUAGCUGAAAAUCAGAAACAAGCAACUCAUAUUGUGAUUUCUACAUCAUUGGAUGCUAAAGUUGAAGGAUGUGAUCCAAAACAGCAUCUAGUGUCCGGCGAAUGGUUUUGGAUCUCUGUACAGUUGAACUGUUGUGCCAAUGAAACUAUCUAUAAGUGGAAGGGCCAACGGACCAAGCACAGCUCUAUUCUCUCACCAAAUACCGUUGAAUUAACUGCUAGCAAGUCGGUAUCUAAGUCAUCCAUGGAAGUUCUUGAUAGCAGUAAUGGUUCAGCAUUACCAGAUUACUCAGAACAUUUGCUAUCAACGGAUGAUUCUGAGAUUAUGAAUACCUCUCCGCGAAGACUCGAUAAAAGAUAUGCUGUGUGUAAAGAAAUGCUUGAAACUGAGGAAAAUUACUUAAGAGCAUUGAAAAUUGUUGUACAGGUGUUCAAAGAACCUCUUGAAGAGCAGUUACCGAAUCUGGAUAGUGGUCUUCUCACAAAAGCUGAAAUAAGCCAAAUAUUUGCCAAAGUACCUCCAUUAAUCGAUGUUCACGAGAAUAUUUGUCGCACACUUCAAAGCUAUAUAAUACACUGGAUGAAUGAACGUUUGAUUGGAAAGGUCUGGCUGGAUCAUGCUGCUGAAUUGACGCCAGUAUAUAAAGCAUUCAUCAACAAUUAUGAUACAGCGAUUCAGACAUUGAAUGAAUGUGAUCAAACUAAACCAAAAUUCCAUGCAUUUUUAAAGGCUGCGGAAAGUCGCCUGGAGUGUCAGCGGAACAGUUUACCUGAUUUAUUAGUACGCCCGGUGCAACGCUUACACUCAGUAGUUUUACUUCUAAAAGCUAUUUUGGAAAAAACGGAUCGUAAAAAUCCGGAUAAUGCCUAUUUGAUUAAAGCGAAGCGAGCCGUAGAAGCAGCUCUCACGGAAGCAAAUGAAUCUCGCAGGCAAACUGAUUCUUAUGCAAUGAUCUUCAAGUUAUCUAGUGAAAUUGAACGAUGUCCUGCUGAUAUAUUAUCAAGCGCUCGGACGUUAAAAACCGAACUGCAUGUUUUGUCGUUGGGAGGUGAGGAUGAGUGGGCAAGAACUCGGAAUAAGCGAAUGGCCAUAUUUUUAUUUAAUGAUUUGAUAGAAAUUGUUAAGGUACGAACAGGAAAUGAUAAUAGCAGCACUCCAACACGCUGCAGUUUCUCAACUUAUUCCCUAACGAAACAACUGUCCUUUUCUGUGUUGCGACAUGACAAGAAAAAAUAUAAGCAUCAUCAACAGUAUAUGCUUGCCUCGAUUCGUAGAAUACAAAGUCUUGCACACGCUGAUGUAAGUGGUGUGUUCGUCCUGUCAUUUCGAGUUAGCCAAGGCGAAGAUUUUUGGGUGGCACAAUGCUUAGAAAAUCAGGAAGGAGAACUGGAAAAGUUCUUACGCGAAGUUGCAGAUCAGGUGUACAAAUUGGUAGGAAGGAAUACACUGGUGGAGAAAGUGGACUUCGACGAAGAUCCCUCAUUAUUAGGUGUCAAGGAAAAUAUAGUAACUAUCAAGAAAGCAUUAAAUCAUGCGUAA